AAUUCUAGCGGUUUGUUCCUCACACAGGCCGAUAUAACCAUUCACUCACAGUUAGUUAUACACGUUGAAGAAUGAUUUCGAAAGAGAAACAUUUCUUAUUUUGUGCUCAACAUUGUCAGAGGCAUAGUACAUUGGAGUAAUCAUAUUGGCUGUAGAGUCGGCAGUGAACCAACGCUGAUGAAUGAUGCAGACAACAAAUUAAGUUGAUUCCGUACCACGCAAAGGGAGCUUGCUGCAUUUGCAUUUAUCUUUAAUUCGAUGUUUUGGGAACACUCAAUAUCAACCGAUGGCAUAUCGCAAUGCACGACACGCGGUUAUAAAGCAGAACUGACAUUUUUUUUCGGAUAAGCAUACACAUGAUACAUAAGGACUCUCUCCUUCUUUGCUGAUACAAUAGCUACAAUAGAGGAUUAUGAAUAUAGGGUUACCUAUAAAGAUGAUCAGCAAAUAUAAGAAGCUAUUCGUCUUCCUUCUUGUAAUCGUCGCUUUGUACUACUCGAUGAUGAGCUAUGACUAUGAUGACAUGACACAUGUUCCCAUCGAAGAAACACGCUCAGUAUCAAACGAGUCAGAGCAACGUCGACUGAAGGAAGAACGAGCUCUCCCACAGAACGUCAUCCCAAACCUCCAUUCUCUUCUACAUAUAAGAGACAUGUACAUUAUAUCCAAUCAUGAAAGUAAACAGUGCACGUUCCUAACCAACGAAAGUUCAAGUGCUACCGACUACAUCGCCAAUAUCACGGGAUCCGAUUUCCUAACGACAGAGAAGACAGUUUUUCAGAACCUUGCAGAGAAGGCCCGAAAAUUAACGCGCCAAGCCGAUGAGCAAUUGAAACAGAUCCUGAAGGUUCGCGGAAUGGACCCCAACAAGAAUUUUUACAAUCGGAAGCGUGCAGCAGAUCUGGGAAAGGCUGUACAAAACGAAAUGGGGAUAAAGCUUGGGUCUUAUAUGUACUUUCCUGGAGGGCACUGGGUCCCACUGAACUGCAGAGCCAAAUGGAAGGUAGCAUUGAUCAUUCCUUACCGGGAUCGGAGUUAUAACCUCAAUAUUCUUCUGCGGAACUUAAUACCCUUCUUAAGGAGUCAAGAGUUGGAGUUUGGAAUCUUUAUCGCGGAACAGGGUUCCACUGAAGUAAUGAACCGAGGUCUAAUGAAGAAUGUAGGCUAUCAGAUGGCGAAGUUGAGUGGAACGCUCUGGGACUGCUACGUGUUUCAUGACGUCGACUAUGUUCCCAUUAAUUCGACGAACUACUACGGUUGUGAUGACUACCCCAAACAUUAUGCCACCAAGCUUGAAGAAUUCAAAUAUGACAACCCCUACAUGCAAGAUUUUGGAGGCGUCGUGGGAUUAACUGGGGUGCAAAUGGAUGAGAUUAACGGCUACUCCAACAUGUACUGGGGAUGGGGCGGCGAAGAUAGCGAUUUUUAUAGGAGGGUAAAAUUCAGCAAGUUAAACAUCACUACAGCAACUGAUGGAUAUUACCGUGAUCUACCACAUAAGAAGAAAACAAGGAGAGAAAAAUGUGUACAAAGACACUGUCUUGCUGCCCAUGCAAUUAUCCGGAUGAAAACCGAUGGACUUUCACAGAUCCGUUAUGAAAAUUCCGCCAAUUUUUCUCUCUCCACAUUAUAUACCAAAAUAAGCGUUGAUGUGGUCAAAACAGACUGGAAUCACAAAUUCAAAGAAUGUCGCAUUCACAAUCGAAAGACAAGUGAUAACUGGUUUGCUGUUAUGUGCGUAAUGUGCUAUGCAGGCGUCAUGGUUCUUAUAUUCGCAUGUGCAAUUUGUGGUCUUGUGAUGCGAGAUAUGGAUGAUUGGCCGGAACAGGAUGUUAUAUUCGAAAGAAGAAAAAAGAAGAAGGUGAAGAAGAACGUUUAUCUCCAUGACCAGGAUUUAAAAUGAAAUGAUAGAUUACUUAGUAUGCAGGUCAAGACUCUCAUCGGGUUCUUAAAACGAACAAGCAACGUGCUUUGAAUGAAGUCUAACCAAAUGUUUCAUUGGCUGUGUCCUUAAAAGAUAGUCUACAGUGUGGAACCUUGGACAGACGCUAUGUUACCUCAACGUCGUAUCUGUUUUAGUUUGUGUCUGUUCAGUCUGAUGAGACGCAGAUGGGCGGUUACCAUUUGGAGCUCUAUGCAGUCAUAAUCAUAAUGAUAUGGAGAUGUGUUCAUUCUGUAAUAUUCCUCGAUUCGAAUCAUUCUAGAAAUCCACACAAAUUCUAUAUUGAGAACAAAGCCUGAAUUCCAAACUAUAGCUUUCCUUUGAAGAGUAUCAAAAUUCUGUUCGCCCUCCCUCUCUCUCUCUCUUUUUCUUUCUCCAUCUUUCCCUCGCUUCCUUCUUCUCUCUCUCUCUCUCUCUCACUUUCUCUAUCUAUCUCUUUCUCUCUCUCUUUCUUCCUGUUAUCCGCUUUCCCAAUAUUAUAGUCUAUGAUCAUUAUGACGUCAGACCCGAUGAGUUCUGACUGAGACCAAUUGUUGUAGAACAGGAGGAAAUAUAUUAUGUUGAUU